AUGAGUAAAGCGUAUCCGGAGAGAAAUUAUAGUACUUAUUCUUUAGGAGGUGCUGCGACUUCAACGGCACGGUUCGGAGGUGCUGCCACUCCAACAAAAAUACGGUUCGGAGGUGUUAACACUCCAACAACACCACGGUUUAGAGAUAAUGUGAAAUUGGAAUUUUCGGAAAAAGGGAAUGACGGUGUCAAUGAUGAUGAUAGUGUAAUGGAUAGAUUCCGAAGAUUAAAACAUCGUGCUACGGAUAAAUGGUUGGCAAGAUACAUUUUAUAUCCGACAAUGGGCGUGACCUUUCUACUUACUUUGGUGCUGCAAAUCGUGUCACCAGAAUUAUCAAUAAAUCCAAUUAAUAAAGUGUGUUGGAUAGGAUACGAAUCGAUUCCAUUGCUCGUUUUCCUCGGAUUCUUCAUCAUUAUUGUAUGCCCAAUACUUUGUUAUCUCCUUUAUGGAAUUCGUGAUGCUUAUGGCGUGCGGAACGAACUAAUAAUCACAAUAGUUGCUGGUGCAAUGGCAUAUAUCGGGUUUAUUCUAUUUGAAACAGUUUUAAAUCGUUAUAUCCCAUACUUUGGAAGCUAUUUAUUUGCAUGGAUUGUCCUUAUAAUGUGUCAUACAUUCUCAAUCACAAUACCUUUACUGAGAACUUUUAAGUUGAGACCGAAAUCAAUAAUUACGGGUUUACGUACCUCGCGAGUAAAUAGUCUUGAGAGUCGCAAUUCAGAGAUAAUGACCAAUUCGAGGAAAUAUGCACAGUUUAUGGAUGUUUUGGGAAAUUCGCAACAGUUUGAAAAGUAUAAAGAAUGUGUAGCUGCAUGUUUCUGCACCGAAUUGAUUCUUUUCCUGGAGGAAUAUCAAUUUUUAAAACUUCGCGUUGCUCAAUGUUGCGAUCCAGAUAUAGAUAUGAUAACGUCACAGCAAGACGAUGAAGAAUCAAUCCAAGAUGAUGAAACAAUUCAAGAACCUGAAGAAAUACACGUUCGAAAUUCAAACAGCAAAGAAUAUUUCAUAUUUUCAGAAACAAGAAAUGUGACACGCCCUCCAACUCCACUUCCACCGUUACUUCUUUCUACACCGUGCACCAUCUCGAUUGUUGAAACAAUUUCCGCUGCAAAAUGGAUUCCAUUCCCAGUUCACGAGCUACGCGACGACUAUUUAACGUUUUACGAAACCUUUUUCGACCAAAAUUCUGAUUUGGCAAUAAAUCUUCGCGGAAGUAUCUUGACAUCCGUUAAAUUGAUGAUAGAAAAUGAUCAAUUUGAAAUUUCAAUGUUCGAGAAGGCACGCGAGGAAGUUUUGGCACUGUUAUAUCGAAACACGUAUGAUCGAUUUUUAAGAAUGUAUGGCGGAGGAUCAUCUGUUAGUUACGGACAAAAUAAAUAG